AUGGAGGACAACGCCUCGGCGGAUGGGCUUCAGACUCCACGUGUCUCGGAGCCCGAGUACCUCCUGUUCUGCCCGACCGAAUAUGGCGACCAGUGGCUUCGACACACGAUGAACAACAUACCUCGCUAUCUGUUCCGCGUGUCCACUCCGAAUCCUGGCAGCGAGACAAGCAAGUCUUGGGCUCGAUCCCGGGACGCGAGACACGGAGAGCCGAAUGCAAAGAUCGACAUCUUCGCUCGAGAUAUUGGGACGACUGCGCCGUCGCUGCCGAACGAGCUUCCUGAGCCUGCUGGGUCAGGCGCGGAGUGGGAGCAAGACCUUGCGCAUGGUACGUUGGAAGGCUAA